UUGCAGUUUAUCGGUACAAGCGUUUUUGCGCAGUAUGUUUUGUCAAGUGAAAGACUUAACACGUGGAUUCAGGUUAACAUUGGAUGGGGACUGGCUAUAACUUUUGCAUCAAUUCCAGUGGCCAAACUUUCGGGUGCACAUUUAAAUCCAGCAAUAUCGCUGAUGAUGUGGACGUUUGGUGAUUUAUCAUUUAUACAAUUUACUCUUUACUCCAUUAUUCAAACAUUUGGAGCAUUUUUUGGCGCAGCUACUACUUAUAUUGUUUAUUAUGAUGCAAUAAAUGAAUUUGAUGGAGGAAACCGAACAGCACUAGGAUUGACUGGUACAGCAAAUAUUUUCAUAACAUUCCCUGCAACAUAUUUAUCAGUUUCGGGGGCAUAUAUAGAUCAGUUGAUUGGUACUGGUUUCUUUGCUUUAUCAUUUGCUGCGAUAACUGAUAAACGUAGCAAGAUUCCAGUCUGGGUUCAUCCCAUCUUGUUUGGUUUAGUAUAUACAUUAAUUGGAACAUCAUUAGGAAUGAAUGUUGGUUAUCCAAUUAAUCCAGCACGUGACUUUGGGCCACGCAUUUUUACUCUCUUCAUUUAUGGAACCGAAGUUUUCACGUACCCUUAUCUAUCUUGGUUUUUAAUACCAAUAAUAGCACCUCUUAGUGGUGCAAUCCUUUUUGGAUGGAGCUAUUACUUAUUUUCGGGAAUGCACAUUCCUGAUGACGACGUUUUAUUCGAUGAUAUUAGCUACCCUCGUUUUCAUUAUACAUAUGCUACUGUAUGA